AUGCGACUGUUUGCAACUGGUGGAGAGGGUCGUGUUUUUGAGUUGAACACAACCUCAAUCCAACCGACGGCGAACUUACUUCUGCCUGGAGGUCUUCCAGCUCGUUCGCUUGUAUCACAUGAUGAAAUGCUCGUCUCUGGCAAUGAUGGUGGAUACAUAAAUCUCAUUGAAAUAACUGACGGAUCCCUUGAACUUAAGUCGUGUCUUGCCAAAUUGGAAGUCUAUUCCAUUGGCGAUGAACAUUGCGCUGAUCCGCCCAUUGUUUGGUCGUUACUUUUCGUGGGAAAUACACUCUUCUCUGGUGACAGCCGUGGUAAUGUUUGCGUAUGGGACGUCGAGCUUGGAGCCCUCGUUUCCAGUUUUAGAAGUCAUGCUGCCGAUGUUUUGGCCCUCGCUGUCAGCGAAAACAACCAGUCCAUUUUUGCCGCUGGUGCCGAUCCCAUUAUUCAACGUUUUGAUCUUUGCCAGACUGCGCAUAUAUCGCAAUGGCAGCCAAGUGGUGUCAUAAGAGGCAGUCGACGCGACAUUCGUAGUCUGGUUUUCGUUCAACACGGCGAAUCAGGCGGUCUUCGCUCUUGCAGCGCGGAAAUUGAUCACCUCAUUGCGGCGGGCAACGAUGCUCGACUUCAAAUACUUCCCUGUCCUCAGUCCAGUCCAGGAGACAAAAAACCGAUACCACGGCGCAAAUUAAAGAAAAACGAUGCCCUUAAUGUUCCUCCACCAAUUUAUCUGCCUUUCUGGCCUCUUUCAGUUACUCCCACUCUACCUCUGGCUGCCCACUUUGCGCAUUCGACCUUCACGCCAAAUUACCGUCAUUCUGCUCGCCUUUGCCUAGUGCAGCAUGCCGAGUAUAUGUGUCUCUAUCGUCUUCCUCCAAAAGCAAAACGAAUGUCUCAGUCAAAAAUGUCUGUUCGAUAUUUCACUAAACUAGCUCACAUUCAACCAAAGAUGGGAAACCAUAUCAUAUCUUGUUGCAUAUCGUCUUGUGGAAGGUUUAUGGCUUAUUCAGACGACGUUCGUGCGCGGAUUUUAAAGAUUGAGCAUCCGAAUUCUUGGAAAUUUAACCCAGAUGAGCCAGCUCCAUUGGUGGCUAUCUCGCGCUUGGGUUGGCCUAGGAUCCCACGAAGUUUUCAAAGCCGAGCAUCAUCCACGUCUUCCGAUGCUGACAAUACAGAUUCCGAGGAUGGUUCUUCACGAUUCCUUUUCCUGGACCAAUCCUCCGCUGAUCUUUUUGUUACUAAUGCAGCUGGGGGUGACGCUGAUUUCGACGAGCAUCUAGUCUCCAGAAAACGGAAGAUGGCCGCGCCUACGAACAAAUAUCCUUCCGUUGAGGAAUGCCAUCAAGAUGAGGUCUCUACACUGCCCCCCGCCUCUCUUAUGGCCUUCUCUCCAUCUUCUAUCUGCCUCGUUUGUGUAAGUGUCCCCACUCAACAAGUCGUCUGCCGCCGACUCGAUACCGGUGCGGAGGUCUGGAAUUUUACACCCCAAACAUCGUCCAUGAGCGGAACACCCAGUCCAAUCCACUUACUAAAAAUGGCUCAACUCUGCUCGGAGUCAAAGGAUAGUGGGUCUGUGACUCUGCUUGCGGCGGCUUCUCUGGAUGAACGAGUGUCGGUAUACGCGUUCAACGAGGCAAGCAGUGGCCAAAGUCCGCAGCACCUUUUCACAUGUCCUCUAGCCGCAAAUCCUUCCCGGCCGGGUCAUCACCCGCGCCCGUUGGCGAUCGCGCUGCACGUCAGCAAACACAAUAUGGUAGCGGCGGAAGAAGGCGGGGAAGUGGAGGCUACGGAAACGAACGAGGUAAGGGCUCGGGUUACUGUCCUUUACACCACCGGCCAACUCACUGAAUGGAUACUUCCCUUGCGCCUAUCCGGGGGUGUGGUUCAUCUCGUCGGCACUCCGCAGAUUGACGCCUGGCUGGAGGAGUUCUGGCGACGCCAUGGUGUCACGUGGCGACGCUACAUGCCCAGGUUUCAUUCCUUGGAUUACUUCUUUGACAGUCAUAUUCUCAUGCUGGCUUCGCGGCGCUUCUGUCUUGCUGUUGAUCGGCGCAAACAACUCAACUCAAAAGAUAUUCACCUGGCAUUCCGUGGGCGGCACCGAAAACUUACGGAUGGUUGUCUGCGAAUUUUCGGACAAGUAAAGAACAUGUUGCACUGCACAGUGUUGGCUGAUCGAGUCGCUGCAUUCCAAAUGGAUGCUCGUACUGCCAUCAACAAUUUGCCGGCGCCCUUGAAGAAAAAACGCUUUGGAACCUAG